UACCGCCCCUCCUGGCCUCAGCUCAGGCUCUCUUGCAUCCCUGUGCGAUGGUACUGUUUGGAGUGACGCUAGGAGGGCAGGCACCUGCUGCUCUGUAAUGAUUCAGCCCCUUUCUGCCGCUGCGUUAACACAACAGGAUGCUGUUGCUACUGUCGCUGCUGCCUCUCCUGCCGCCGCCGCUGCUGCCUCCGCCGCCGCCGCUGGUCCUGCUUCUGCUCUUACUUCUCCUGCAUGACAGUUGUUUUCUUCCUCUAAGCAGACACCAGCUUCAGAUGCUUGAGGUGAGAAACAUGCCUUUCAGUUUGGGCUACUGGUUUACUUAAUCAGCCAGGCAUCUACUGCUCUCUUCCUAUUGGGGUCCCUGUCCACUUCACCAGCCCCGGUGGUUUGGAGAAGCAUUUAAAGAACUAGAAAAGUGGCCCAGAAACAACGGCUCAAGAAUUAUUCUGAUACUUUUAUUUGGUAGUUGCUAGAAGCUUUUUUUUUUCCCCCUUCUUGCUUUCUCCUGAACUCCUCUUGCUUUUGAUAAUGGCCUUGGACUUGGAAGGCUUAUCGAUUUCCCCCUCCAAGAUGCUGUAUCAUUUGGUUGGGGGGGAAUCUGCAUGGUAAUGGACUGUGAGAGAGGCCAGGCCUUGUGGAGGUUAGCCGAUGGAGAUUUAUUCCCCAGACAUGUCUGAGGUAGCUGGCGGGAGGUCCUCCAGCCCCUCCACUCAGCUGAGUACAGAACCAUCUCUCGAUGGGCUUCCGGCAGCUGAGCACAUGCCAGAUACCCAGACUGAAGACGGGAGAAGCCCUGGACUUGUGGGCCUGGCCGUGCCUUGCUGUGUGUGCCUGGAAGCCGAGCGCCUGAGAGGGUGCCUCAACUCGGAGAAAAUCUGCAUUGUCCCCAUUCUGGCCUGCCUCAUCAGCCUCUGCUUGUGCAUUGCUGGCCUCAAAUGGGUGUUUGUGGACAAGAUAUUUGAAUAUGACUCUCCUACUCACCUUGACCCUGGGGGGUUAGGUCAGGACCCUGUGGUUGCUUUGGAUCCAACUGCUGCCUCAGCUGUUUUGGUGUCGUCUGAGGCUUCACCUGUCUCUAGGGCUCAAUCUGAACCCAAGGUUCAAGUUACAGUGCAACUUGACAAUGCUGCUGUAGUCCCUGAACCUUCAGAGGCACCAACCCCGAAGAGCCGUCCGUUUGCUUUUUCUUUCCUGCCUACUGCACCGCCUUUCCCUUCAGCAACCCGGACCCCUGAGGUGAGAACACCCAAGUCAGCAACUCAGCCACAAACAACAGAAACUAAUCUCCAAACUGCUCCUAAACUUUCCACAUCUACAUCUACCACUGGGACCAGCCAUCUUGUGAAGUGUGCGGAGAAGGAGAAGACAUUCUGUGUGAAUGGUGGCGAGUGCUUCAUGGUGAAAGACCUUUCCAACCCCUCAAGAUACUUGUGCAAGUGCCCAAAUGAGUUUACUGGUGAUCGUUGCCAAAACUACGUAAUGGCCAGCUUCUACAAGCAUCUUGGGAUUGAAUUUAUGGAAGCAGAGGAGCUCUACCAGAAGAGAGUGCUGACCAUAACUGGCAUCUGCAUCGCCCUGCUGGUGGUCGGCAUCAUGUGUGUGGUGGCCUACUGCAAGACCAAGAAACAGCGGAAAAAGCUUCAUGACCGGCUUCGGCAGAGCCUUCGAUCCGAACGAAACACCAUGGUGAACAUAGCCAAUGGGCCUCACCAUCCCAACCCACCACCAGAGAAUGUCCAGCUGGUAAAUCAAUAUGUAUCUAAAAACGUCAUCUCUAGUGAGCACAUUGUUGAGAGAGAAGCGGAAACAUCUUUUUCCACCAGCCAUUACACGUCAACAGCUCAUCACUCCACAACUGUCACCCAGACUCCAAGUCACAGCUGGAGUAACGGACACACAGAAAGCAUCAUUUCAGAAAGCCACUCUGUAAUCAUGAUGUCUUCAGUAGAAAACAGUAGGCACAGUAGCCCAACUGGGGGCCCACGAGGACGUCUUCAUGGUUUGGGAGGCCCUCGCGAAUGUAACAGCUUCCUCAGGCAUGCCAGAGAAACCCCUGAUUCCUACAGAGACUCUCCUCAUAGUGAAAGGUAUGUAUCAGCCAUGACCACCCCGGCUCGUAUGUCGCCUGUAGAUUUCCACACUCCAAGCUUCCCCAAAUCGCCUCCUUCAGAAAUGUCUCCACCUGUGUCCAGUAUGACGGUGUCCAUGCCCUCCAUGGCAGUCAGCCCCUUUGUGGAAGAAGAGAGACCUCUCCUUCUUGUGACGCCACCAAGGCUUCGGGAGAAGAAGUAUGACCACCACACUCAGCAACUCAACUCCUUCCAUCACAACCCUGCACAUGAGAGUACCAGCCUUCCCCCUAGCCCUUUGAGAAUAGUAGAGGAUGAGGAGUAUGAAACAACGCAGGAGUAUGAGCCAGCUCAAGAGCCUGUUAAGAAACUCGCCAAUAGCCGGCGGGCCAAAAGAACCAAGCCCAAUGGCCACAUUGCCAACAGGUUGGAAACGGACAUCAACACCAGCUCUGUGAGCAGUAACUCAGAGAGUGAAACAGAAGACGAGAGAGUAGGUGAAGAUACGCCUUUUCUUGGCAUACAGAACCCCCUGGCAGCCAGUCUGGAGGCAGCCCCUACCUUCCGCCUGGCUGACAGCAGGACUAACCCAGCAGGCCAUUUCUCCACGCAGGAAGAAUUACAGGCCAGGCUGUCUAGUGUAAUCGCUAACCAAGACCCCAUUGCUGUAUAAAACUUAAAUAAACACAUAGAUUCACCUGUAAAACUUUAUUUUAUAUAAUAAAGUAUUCCACCUUAAAUUAAACAAUUUAUUUUAUUUUAGCAGUUCUGCAAAUAGAAAACAGGAGAAACUUUUAUAAAUUAAAUAUAUGUAUGUAAAAAUGUGUUAUGUGCCAUAUGUAGCAAUUUUUUACAGUAUUUCCAAACGAGAAAGAUAACAAUGGUGCCUUUAUGUUAUGUUAUGUCGAGAGCAAGUUUUAUACAGUUACGGUGAUUGCUUUUCCACAGUAUCUCAGCAAAACUUCCCAUAUAUUCAGUUUCUUUGCUAGCUUCUUGUGCAUUGCAUUAUGAUGUUGACUGGAUGUAUGAUGUGCAAGACUUGCAGCUGUCCUAGCUUGCCUGUAGUAGCACUCAACCAGGAUGUCUUGUAAUAGCACAUCCAUCCAAAUACUCUUUUGUAUGAAGUCCUCUUUGCUUUCAGACUAUGAAAUGAGUUCUAUCUACUCUGUCAGCCAAAGGUUUGCUUCACUGGGCUCUGAGAUAAUAGUAGAUCCAACAGCAUGCUACUAUUAAAUAUAGCAGGUAACUGCAUUAAGUAAUGUUAAAUAUUAGGAAGAAAGUAAUACUGUGAUUUAAAAAAACUAUAUAAUUAAUCAGAAGACAGCUUGCUCUUGCUAAAAGGAGCUACCAUUGACUUUAUUUUAUUUUAUUUUUUCCUUAACAAAGAACAAUGGUUUUAAGAGUAGCUUAGAAAAUGGUUCUGGCUUGCCAUCAGGGUAAAUCUAAUAGUUCAGAACAGACUCAAUUUCUCUUUCUCCCUGGAAGGAAUAAUCCAACAAUGCAUCUGUUGAACAACCAACCACAGUUGAAGCUGGCUUGCGCUAGUCACUGAUUUGGACCUUCUUGAAGAAACAUAUGGUGGCAUGAAAACCCAGCCCUGAGAGCACACUCAUCUGUACAAACCAACUGCUAGCAUGAGAUGUGCCUGUGGUACGUGCUGGUGACCUGCUCCAAUUGUAGAGUACUUAGAAGGAGUGAAUGUGUUAGGCACAGAAAGAGAGCAGCUGUGUGACUUGGUUGACAACUUAAAGUUUGGUUGACCACUCCUCUCUCCCCAUUCUAUUUCUCUUGUGUUUCAACAUCACCUUGAUUAAGUCAUAACUAUGCAUGAAUAUUUUUUGCCAGGAAUGGCCAAUGUGCAUGUGAUUUGUGAUUAGCAAGAAUUUUCCACAGUGAUGCCUCACUAGGAAAUGCCAGUAAUGUUAGGGAGCUCAUGCAUUUACUUGCAGAAGGAACCUCACCUGUGCACCAAUCUCUCCAUGGAUAGCCUGUACCUCAGUUUCCCUCUCUUAAUUUCUCUCAUGCUGUCACAAAAGAAGGAUUUUGCAUGUUCUAUUAUGAUUGUAAAGCUAAUGAAGGUGUAUAGAAUUUAACACAGAAAAAUAAGCAAAACAAAAUAAAAGGAACCCAUUUUAUCCUCUGCCUGAUAUCUACCAAAUAAGAGAUAGGGCUUACUGAGGUUCCAACUAGGCUCCUAAGAAUCUAGGAGCAAAAUAGGAAAUGAGUUAACAGAUAAUUAACAAAGUCAGUAACAAUUAUUGCUCCUUGUACUGGAGAAUGGAACCUAUUUUUUACCAAAUCUUUGUGCUUAAAAUUUAAGGGGAAAAUGAUAUGAUAUGUCUUAGAAGAUAAAUGCAGGCUGGGUAUGAGUUCCUUUCUUAUAGCCCUAUGUAUUUCUAAGAUUAACAGAGAAGCUAUGUGCAGGUCCUUGAAGCUCCUCUUAGUAUUUGGUAUCCCAAGUUUCUGACCACUGUUCACACACCAUCUUUUCUGUGUUCACUAUUGUCUUCCUUGGUUUUUUUAACCUACAGAGGAAGUCAGGAAAUCAGUUGCAGUGAUUUCCAAGUUCGGCAGAGAUUACUUGGCUCAUGGUCUAGGAAAGAAGAAUGUAAGCCUACAGAGGUUCUCUGAAUUAUUUUAGCAUUACUUUGGAAGGCCUUUACUGAUUCUUUAAGCUUUCUAUAAAGAAAUCUCAAUGACUAUCUAAAAACUCUAAGCAUCCUGUUUUGAUUAUUGAGCACUGAUUUCAGGUGUCCCAUUCUGAAGGAUAAAUUGCUCAUUGGUUUCAUGUUUUACUGUCCAUGAGAACUUCUCUAAAUGUGAAAAUUGCAAAGAUAUGUGAAAUUGUACUUCCAUGGUGAUUAAAGUCAUCCACAUAGGUGGCAUAUUAGAUAAGACAGUUCCCCUGCCCUGUGGGGAACAAAAGCUUCCCUAAAUAAGUGAAACCAGUUGGCUGAUCUGCCCCAGCUACCCAAUCUAUAUUAACAGAGACAUUUCUGUGAUACUUCACUGCCAUGCCACCCUAAGCCAUCUUCAUUCAUAAAUCCAGGCAGCACUGUGACAGUCCCAAGGAAUGUCAAUCUAAUGUUCCUAGAAUGGGGAACAGUCUCUUGACUUCUACAGUAGUAAAAAUUUCUCAGAAAUUGACUGCAACUCUGUUUCUGGAGUCUGAGAUCAUAGCCAUGGAAAGUUGUUAAGUUGUAAGUGGAGUAUAGUAGACACCAAACUUUGUGUCACUCAAGAUUCAUUUUCUGUCCUGCUUGGUCUCCUCCCUUUCUGCCCCCUCAAGAGUGUGUGCUUGUCAGUCUUUUGACUGCUAUAAAACAGUCUUCUAUAUAGGAAUGUGUCUUAAGAAGCAAUAUGCCAUCUCUUUGUUGUUUCAGUAUGACUAUCCGUGUAGGUGGAUUCUAUCCAGGGUAACCUGCUCAGUAACUAUUCCUUUUUUUGGCCUGAGGAUGAAGGUGCACAGGUCACACUGGUAAAUAAUGUCUUAUCUUUAGUCCUGGCUACAUUCCACCAGCCACAGAAAUUUCUGUCAACAAGACUGAUGAAACACUGCAAAGAAAUGCCAACAAAAUGGCCACACAUCACAAGUUCUAUUAUAUAUUCUUUUGUAAAUACAAAUUGUAUAGUACUCAGAUGUUUUCUUAAAUAUUUUUUUGUCUUUAUGAGUUAAUGUCAGGUUUUACUCU